UACUAUUAUAUUGCUAUUUUACCUUGACUGUGACAGCCAUUGAUAACGGUCCACUGUUUAGGAGGAAGUUAUACUUGUUUAUAAAGAUUAUAUAUAUUUAUUUGGAUGAUAAUAUAAGUCAUAAUGACCAAUCGGAGAGAUGAAGAUAUCGCCAAUGGACAAUUCCUUCAAAGUUGUGACAAAAGAGGGAACUGCAUAGAAGUGUGCAAGUAUGGAGAAGAUUUUAUUCCAACAGCCAUUUUCAAGAUGGGCCAUAUCCCAGACCCACGCACACAUUUUCCACUCCUGCGAGACAUGCAGAUUCGAGAUGACGACAUUUUACUCUGUGCUUACAUGAAGGCAGGUACUCACUGGGUGUGGGAGAUCAUCGCGAUGUUGACCGGACAAUCGACAGAGUAUGCAGCGGGUCCUAAGGAAGACACAAUGAUCGAGUUUCGUUCAGUGGAAAAGCUUGACGCCCUGCCAUCGCCAAGGAUACUCAACACCCACAUACGGUUUAACAAUAUCCCAAAAGGUCUGAUCGAAAGGAAGUGCAGGAUUGUAUUUGUAGUCCGAAACCCCAAAGAUAUAGCUGUAUCUAUGUACAACCACAUAUCAGCAAAGGGGUCUGCCUUCGCUUACAAAGGAAGUUUUGAUGACUUUUUAUCCUUAUUUAUGAGUGACGUAGUUCCGCACAACGCGUGGCCGGGCUAUAUGACGGGAUGGGAAACUGACUUUGCGUUGCAUCCAGACGUUCCCCGUCACAUUAUAUACUACGAGGAUCUAAAACAGAACCCGGUUCAUGAAGUUAAAAUGUUAGCAUCUUAUCUGAAUGUGACAUGUACAGACUCAUUCAUAGAUGAAAUAGUUGACAAGUGUUCAUUUGCAAAGCUGAAGGAGGGUAAAGCUGGCAGUCCUAAAAAUAUGAAGUGGAACUUCCUGUACCGAAAGGGUGAAGUAGGGGAAUGGAAGAAUUGGUUCACAGUGGCACAAAAUGAAGAAUUUGACAGGUUUUUACAAACUUCAACAAAAGACUCAAAUUUUGUUUAUAAAUAUACAAUAUAAUGUAUUUAGCGGAGUAUACCCAGGUACUGUCUUGUUUAACAGAGCAUUACAGAAAAACAAACUAAAGCGUCAAACUAACAUCAA